CCGUAGGUCCAAGAUAGGAGGCCAUAAUCCCCCGAUAGAUUCAUUCAUUCUCACUGUGUGUGUGAGAGAGAGAGAGAGAGUGAUUGAUCGGAGAUGUCGUCGCACAACAAUUCGUCAUCGUCGGCGGCGAACGACCCUCGCCAGCCGUCGGCCGCGAAGCCAUUCGUGGCACCUAUGGUAUCUCCGCAAGAUCUUCCCAUUGACUACUCUGGUUUCAUCGCCGUAGUCUGCGCCGUUGCUGGCGUCAUGUUCAGGUACAAGCUUGGGUCGUGGCUCGCUCUAAUUUUCUGUGCCCAAUCACUUGCCAAUAUGAAGAAUAUGGAAAAUGAUAUGAAGCAGAUCUCAAUGGCCAUGAUGUUUGCUAUAAUGGGAUUGAUGACGAACUACUUCGGGCCCGCUCGACCAGGAAAACAAACUUAGGAUCCCUUUGAUAAUGGAGGAGGAUUUCCAAUCCGAAUGUUGUUUCUUUAUUCCCUUUCUUUUAAUUAGCGAAGUUCCGAUGGGAAAAUUUUGAAGGCAAACUUAAAUGAACGUACGUAACGGUCUUUAUCUUUUCAGUUUUACCUUAUAAAUUGGCUUCCACGGGUUCA